AUGACCGAGCUGAGGCACACGCUAGAGCGGCUGGGCCUAUCCCAGUACCUCAAUGCAUUCACAACGGAAGGAUUCGAUACCUGGGAGACGUUGCUAGACAUCACUGAGUCCGACUUGACCACCUUGAACGUCAAGUUAGGUCAUCGCAGGAAACUCCAACGAGCUAUAGCGGAGGAGAGAGUUCACUCUGGCGAUCGGGCGCUUUCACUGGUUCCCGGGAACGCUCCGAGCGUUGAUGGUUCCUACCGUAGCGAUGAGUCGGCGACAGAGAGCAAGACCAGCAAGAGACGAGAGUAUGCAGCGCCGGAUGGAGCAACUCCCGUCACAAAGCGCAAGUACCGACGUCAUCCAAAGCCUGACGAGAAUGCCCCGGAGAGGCCAGCUUCUGCCUAUGUCAUUUUCUCGAAUGAUAUGAGAGAAGAUUUGAAAGGCCAGGACCUCUCAUUCACCGAGAUUGCCAAGACCGUAGGCGAAAGGUGGCAGGUUUUGUCGCCAAACUACCGAGACAAGUACGAGCGGCAGGCCGCUGCGGCUAAAGAGAAAUACUAUACGGAGCUCGCCGAAUACAAGAAGACACCGCAGUAUGCGCUAUACCAGGACUACUUGGCCGAUUUCAAGGCCAAGCACGCACCUCCAGCGACUGGUAAGCAUUGA